AUCAAUGUAUGUGAAACAGUUUCCCAGUUAUAAAUAAGUCGUUAUAAUAGGUCAAGCGCUUCGAAUAACUGCGUUCAUGCCAAGAAGACUUCAGUCCGCGUUUCAGCUUUGCGAACACAACACACGUGCGACCGACAUUCUAAAAAAAAUCGCGAAAUUGAUAAAACCACACUUGGCAGCGUUGGAAAGUGAAAUGCAACCCACCAAUGGCAACCCGCUAAAUGGGGACGCGCGAAAAAGUGUGAAUCAAAAUGGCGGGUCAGAAAUUCGCGGGUUUAACCCGAAAGUUGCUGCUAAAGUUCAAAAAGCGAGAAGUUUUAUGGAGAUGACGGUAUCUACGAAUCCUGUUAAAAGUCUCAGUAGGAAUGAUAGAAGAGUUCUUGUUAUUUACACUGGUGGUACUAUUGGAAUGGUCAAAAACAGGGACGGCGUCCUAAUACCACAAAAAGCAGCGUUUGAGAACCUGAUCCGAGGAUAUCCACAACUACACGACCAUGCCUUCUGGAGAAGCAGGUUGUCCGAGCCGGGUUUUGACACGUCUUUCCUUGUUUUACCACAGGCAAAGGAUCAGGACUCUCGGAUAUUCUAUAAAAUACUGGAGUACGACACUCUCUUGGACUCCUCAAACAUGACAGAAGCCCAAUGGAUACAAAUAGCAGAAAGUGUUAUGAAAUACUACGAGGAAUAUGAUGGAUUUAUAGUACUCCACGGCACAGACACUAUGUCUUACACUGCGUCGGCUUUGUCUUUCAUGUUCGAGAACAUUGGCAAAUGUGUUGUCAUUACCGGCUCUCAGAUACCGAUCUUCGAGCCUCGCAGCGACGGAUCUGACAACUUUGUCUCAUCGUUGCUUAUAGCUGGGAGCUUGAAUAUACCUGAGGUUACCGUGUACUUUGGGGGCAAACUCUUCAGAGGGAACAGAGUCCGCAAGAUCUCAGCCUACAAUCUCUUCGCCUUUGACUCCCCCAACUGUCCUCCCCUGGUCGAGGUGGGGAUUGAUAUAGAGUUCAACAAGAAAGCUAUAUUUAAGCCAACAACUAUAGAGAAGUGUCAGCUGCAUGCCAAGUUGUGCAGAAACGUGGGGCUGUUGAGGAUAUUCCCUAGUAUCAGCUCUUCAGUCAUCAAAGCUUUCUGUCAGCCUCCUAUUGAGGGAGUAGUAAUAGAGAGCUAUGGUGCCGGAAAUAUUCCUUCAAAUCGCCAAGACCUGUUCAAUGAAAUACAGGAUGCCGUGAAACGCGGUGUGAUCUUCGUCAAUAUAACCCAGUGUACUACGGGUUCAGUGGCGUCGCCCCUUUAUGAGACUGGCAGGGUCUUGUCUACUUGUGGAGUUGUAUCCGGGUACGACAUGACGCCAGAAGCAGCUCUGACCAAGUUAUCCUACGUGCUAUCUAAGACUGAACUUACUUAUAAGGAGAAAACUGAGUUGAUGUCAACCAAUAUACGGGGUGAAUUGACCAACACGUCAUCAAUAGCCAUUGAGGACAAUACUCUAGUGGACGCUCUGGCCGCGAGUCUAAACAUUCAGUCUCCCAAGAAGCUGAUAGAAGUGACGGAGAAAGUAUUUAGUUCUCUUCUUCUGUAUGCUAUAGAACACGAUGAUAUUCUAGCUGUCAAGAAAAUGCUGGAUAUGGGUGCAGACGUGAACGCGCAAAACUCUGAAGGCAGGAGCCCUCUUCACGAGGCAAUUCUAAAAGGGAAACAUACUAUAGUAGAAUAUUUGUUACGGAACGGUGCUAACGUGCAUUUAAAAACGAGAUGCGGCGAAACACCUCUAAUCACGGCAAUCCACCGAGAUGACUUAUCCCUCAUAGACCUGCUCCAGCAAUGUGGUGCCCAUCUCUCAAGUGUCGACCACAAGUCUGUCUCUGAGCUGCUGUCCUUGGCAGCUAGAACUGGUGCGGUCAACAAGAUUGAGGCGCUGAGGAAAGCUGGCGCGGAUUUGAAUGAAUUGGAUGAGUUGAAGCAGACGCCACUGCAUAAGGCGGUUCUCUGUAACUUCCCCUCCAUGGUGUCUUACCUGAAACAGCACGGAGCGGACUCGAGCCUGCAAGACCUGCUGGGCUAUACAGCUCUGGACUACGCUGUCAAGUUGAACCGGAACGAUAUCGUUGAUGUGCUGAAUAAACCUGUGUGAAAUGC